GGGGGACCUGAGGCCGGGUGUUUGUCUGGUUUGACAAGGGGUGCCUUUUUUCGACCGGAAAAACUUCAAAUAUAAAUCUUCAUCUUCAUUCUCGACAACGCGUCACGAUCACGAUCAACACUCGAUCGGGACGGAUUGUGGUCGAUAAUCACACGCCAAUUCGAUGGAGGACGAACUGCUGCAGUUAUCCUAGCAGCGGGGCUCAAGGGCGAAGCGGAGACAUCCUCGGAACCGAGGCAACCCGUCGCAGUGCCGGAUCCACUUAUUAGUAUGGACGAAACUGCGGUGGCGCGGUGCGACUCCGGGGUAGUUUUCCUCGUUGACUAGGUCGUUCGACAUCUUUCAGUCGGCAGAACUAUCAAUCGGUUCUGGUGGGUGGCAGAAAUAGCCCAUAAUGAGUCUCAGCUCGCCGCUGGGUCUGCUCCAGGCCAUCCUGGUGAGGAUCCCCAUGCUCCUGAAGAUUACGCUAUGGCAUGGCAUACGCUUGUCGCCCGUCGCGGGCAAGCAAGAUCUACGAACGGAGUUGACUGUCGCCGUCAUUCGGUCCUUCAUGAAUUUUAUGAUCCCCGUCAGUAAACAGCAGAAAGGGUCGAUGCGCGACCCGGGCAUCAAGGGUCCCAUCUGGGUGUCCAAGGUGACCCUCCCGGCGCCCGGAGAGGACGUCUGCAACGCCGUGCGCAAAGCCUUUGAGGAUCUACAAUCUGGUGGGGAGACUUUCGAACCCCCCGGCGUGGGACCGGUGGAGGCAGAGUGGACGGGUUAUCGCAGUGGUGUGGACAAGAAUGAGCCGUUGCCUGACAUCCCAGAGGACGCCAAGUUUGACGCGCUUCGGGCAGAAGCCCCGUCGGACAGUGUGAUUUUGUACUUCCAUGGCGGCGCAUACUUCCUGAUGGAUCCCUGCACUCAUCGUGUUCCGGUGGCACAGCUUUCCAAGCGCACGGGGGCCCCCGUGCUGUCAGUGCGAUACCGUCUGGCGCCGCAGCACCCGUUCCCCGCCGCGCUCGUCGAUGCGCUCGUCGCAUAUUUGUCGCUCAUCGCACCGCCCCCGGGCUCCUUCCACGCCCCCGUCCCCGCGAAGAAGAUCAUCCUCGCGGGCGACUCCGCGGGGGGCAACCUGUCCCUCGUGCUACUGCAGACGCUGCUGACCCUGCGUCGGGUGUGUCCCACCGUGCACUUCCACGGGCAGGCGAUCCCCAUUGAAAUCCCCGGCGGCGUGGCCACCAUCUCGCCCUGGUGCGACAUCAUGCGGUGUUUGCCCUCGAGUACACUCAACGCGCACUUUGACUACUUACCCGUGCCGGCCCAGUCCCCCGAGUCCAUCUUCCGACCGCUGCCGAUUCCCGCCGACGACGUGUGGCCCUGCAAACCACCGCGUGUCGACUUCUUCGUCAACGCCAACGCCGUCCUACAUCCACUCGUGUCGCCGCUGACCGCGCCCCCGGAGCGCUGGGCCGGAGCGCCCCCCGUGUUCAUGAGCUUCGGCGAGGAGGGUCUGACAGACGAGGCGCUGGUUCUGGCCCGACGCAUGCACUCGGUCGGGGUCCCCGUGACGGUCGAGCAGUUCGAAGGCAUGCCUCACUGCUUCGCGCUGCUCAUGAUCAAGACCGCCGCUGGGAAGCGCUUCUACGACGGCAUGGCGGAUUUUUGCCGCCAAGCCGUGGCGGGCACGGUUCGACCGAUGGACACCCUGACCUAUAUUGCGUACAAACUGCGUUCGGAGCGGUCGAUCCCGUGGGAGGAGGCUGUGACGCUGACGGAUGCGGAGGUGGAUGAGCUGCUGCAACAGGGUGCGCACUCUCGUGUGCGGGGAGAGAUGGAGCUCCAGAAGGAGUGGAGGGAGCGAGCCAAGUUGUGAACUUGUUAGGUACUCAUAUAGAACUCUCUUUCUUAUAUGAAUAGUCACAGUCAGACGGUGCUUCUGUUCCUGUC